UGAAGGUCACAGACACACAACUUAAUGAUUACAUUAAUGCUAAUUACAUAGACGGUUACAAGAAGCCAAAGGCCUACAUUGCGGCACAAGGUCCUGUGCCAAUCACAACAGAUGAUUUUUGGAGAAUGAUAUGGGAACAGGACGUCAGCAAAAUGGUGAUGUUAGCAAACUUGGUGGAAGAUGGGAAGAACAAGUGUGCAAAGUACUGGCCAGAGCUCAAUUUAGAUAAAACGGUUGGUGAACUGGAAGUGACGUCUCUAAAUGUGUUGGAGAGAGCUGACUACACCACGAGAGAGUUUCGGCUGAAAACUGAACAGGGCGCGUGGAGCAAGAUUGUGAAGAUGUUUCACUUCACCACGUGGCCUGACCACGGUGUACCGUCUGCACCAGCUCUCCUGGGAUUCUGGAAACAGGUGAAGAAGGAAACCGAAUCAAGUGGACCAGUUGUAGUGCACUGCAGUGCUGGUAUAGGACGCACUGGGACAUUUAUUGGUUUGGACUAUCUUAUGGAUGAAGUCCAAGACACACAGGUGGUCAACAUUUUCCAAUGCGUUAGAGCAAUGCGUGACAACAGAGUUAAUAUGGUACAGACAGUGGGACAGUACAAGUUUCUCCAUGAAGUCGUUUUAGAUGCGAUUUGUUCCAUAGAUACGUUCUACACGAUAGAUGUUGUUAAAGAUUCCGUGUUUCAAGAGAAUGUGGAUCCUUAUGUGCAGAAACGCCGUUUGCAACAAGAGUUCAACGAUCUGACUCGUCUGAAAAAGCCAGUUUCCCUGAAAGACACUGACAAAGCCAUGUCACCUGAAAACAAACCCAAAAACCGCUACGAGUCUAUCAUACCAGUUUCCAACUACCGAGUCGUGCUGUCAAGCCCAUUUCCAGGAACAAAUGAUUAUAUUAAUGCUGUGACUUUACCGAAAAAUGUAAUGUACUGGCCGAAAGUUGGAGAACUGGCGACAGUUGGACCGUUUACUAUUGAAACCCAGUCAGUAGAGAAGUUGAGUAGUGAAAUCACAGAGAUCAGGCUCUCUCUAACAACAGACGCGCUUUACGAGAACACGGAUAAGAAGAUCUUGAAGUUGUUCGUGUUGAACAACUGGUCUGCGAAGAGUGAUCUCCCUUCAGACAAGUACGAGCUUUUACUCUUUUUAGACAAGCUGGAACGCCGUCGGGGGGAAACUGGCAAAUCUCCAAUCAUAGUACAAUGCAUGGAUGGUGCAAAAAACAGUGGACUGUUUUGUGUUUUGUCAAACAUCAUUGAGAAGCUAAAACUUGACAAAGACGUUGAUAUCUUCGUCACUGUUCGAGAACUGCAGUGCAUACGAUCACAAAUUGUGGAGAGCUUUGAACAGUACCAGUAUUGCUAUGAAGUUGUCCGGGAGUAUCUGAGAAAGCUGGACUUUUUCCACGAUGUUUGAAUGAUGACGAGUCCAUAGUGUUGUCCUGUUCUGUAUAUUAUAAAAUUAUUAGUUUACCGUUGUACACUUUUGCAUUCUGCAUAUUUACUUUUAUCUAUUCGGUUUCCUUAUUUUGUUAUGUUUUUCACAUCGUGAAAAAUUCUUUAUAAAUUAGUAUUGAUAAAUAUACUACAGACAUGUGAACGUAGUGAUUUAAAAUCCUAAUAAAAUAUAUGUAUUAACCAAAACAUUGACAAGUUGCAUAAAACUAACAAACAAACAACAACAAACAAACAACAAACACACAAAAAACAACUAACAGCAACAACCAAACAUGGCCCAUUUUAAUUAAAGUUUUGUUUUAAUGAUUUUCGCUUAAGUUUCAAUUGCCAUUUCUGUUUUUACAUAAUAUGCGCCGGUAUGAAAGUUGCAUCCAUUUCAAUAACAUAAUCUACUUGCUAAGUCGUAGUGGAAACUAAACAUGGUCGACAUUUCGGCUACUACCACGACAUAACAACUACUUACUAUUUCAAGCAGCUGACAGCCAGUUUCUGUAUAGUUAUUGAUGGAAUACGUACCACUUAGUUAAACAGUUUGUAACACUAAUAUCAAACACUAUCGUAUUUAAAGCACACAUACUAUACAUUAUUACUUACAGAGCUGGUGUAGUAUGCAGUUAUUAAUAAAGUUCAAACAAUGUGUGUAGGUGUUAUCUUGGUUUUGGGAAAUACAGCUCCAAUAUAGCUGCACAUAGUGAUACAGGAUGGUUUCCAAUGAAAUUGUCGCUGUAUUUGGACAAAAAAGCAGACGUGUGAAUAUGGCCAACAGGAAGGGUUAAUACAUGUGUAUGCUCACUUGGUCAGAAACAUUUUAUAAACGUAAGCUUUUAGAAAUAGAAUGUUAAUGUGCACCAGUUUUGUUUGUAGCACAAUAUCGACAACUUUUGUAGUAUUAAUUCUGUUUUAUCCACAUUUAUUUUUAAGAGAGUUUUAGAAAAAUAUAGCUAUCAACUUGCAAUGUCUUUGGCAAAAGCUAGUUUACAGAAUAGAUGAAAAUCAUGUCUUUUGUUAAAUAAUAGUUAUUGUGUUGAGUGAUAUCUUACCAUUUAUCAACACCACUAGAGAACAGAUGUAUUAAUCAUCGGCAAUGGAUGCCAAAUAUUUGGUAAUUGUGAUAUAUAGUAUUAAAAAGGAAAC